UCUGCAGUACGGACGUGUUUUUGCGCUUUCUGGGAAGGUUUUUCUGGUGUGGUGCCUGCUAUUUUUUAUGGACUUGUAGCGAAUAAACAGAUAGUAAAUAGGUAAAGGAAUAAAGUGCAACGGCGCGGAAGGUACAUAAACGUACGUUGGUACCGGCAGUGAGAGCGAGUUUUGGGUGAUAACAAGACGCGGAUAGUUAAUAUAAAACAAAGGAGGCGAUGAAAAUCGUUCUAUCAAAUCGGAGCAAAUAAAUAUAUACCUACGUUCGACAGCGAUGUCGGUUUUGGUGGAGCGGGGCCUGUUUGUGGCCAAAACUGGAAGAAAAUUUGUUGUUUUGAGGUGUGUAGAUGGAGUGGAAGAAAAAUAGUAGUAUCGAUGGUAGUGCUAAGUGGAACCGAUAGUGAAAUUGGCAUUGGUGCAACGAAGAAGACGUAAUCCAGAUUCCGGCGGAUUUCGAAGAAUCAGACCAAUCUUUUCUAUUAAUUUGAACCUGACUAAUCUGAGUCACUAAUCGAAAUUCAACGGAAUAAUUUAUAUUUAUUGAAUGUCUCGCUUAGACGUUUAUUUUUUGGAAUGUAAACCAAUCAGUCACAGAUAAACACAACGACCAAUCAGCACACCACAUGUCUCCCAUACCACAUACAACAAGGCCGCGAAAACGCUCGCGACGAAAUUAAUAAAAGAAGAGAAAUGUUUAUAAUUUUUAGCGUUGGAUGCGCGUCAAACAUGGUGAUGAUUCAUAAUGCGUGAAAAACCUGAUCAUCAAUUGUCUGCUGGUGAUUUACGUGUAAAUGAUACCUAGCUUCGGUUAUGCGGAAUCAAAACAAAAGUGAUCAUCGAGUGUUUGAAAUUGUGAAUUAGAGACAACUGUAGUGUAAAAUAGCCAACCGUAGUUUCAAAGUGCCCUUCUUAGCGAAAAUUUUCAGCGUCUUGCGGUAGUGAAGUAAUAGGUUUCCGUUGUCACGAUGAGCUAAUCAUCCUGUCUAGAUUGUACAGCGUAUCAAUAUUCUAGAAGUCCGCCUCGAAUGCCAAAUGGAUUAACCUCAGUUGCCAUUUUCUACUGUUUCGGAGUGCAAGAGGAGUUGGAUUUCGUACCACAAUGGCCAACUACUUCGUCUGUUUGGUGAUUCAGCGAUUAGUACUACCGCUCAUUCUGGCAAUUUGUUGCCUGAUGAGACCGGUAGGACUAUCGCUUCCGUAUUUGCUCUUCCUACUUUGUCUACCAUUUGUGCCAGUAGCUAUGCCAAGAAGUAUAAAAGGUUCCACUGGAGUCUUUUUUAAGAUAUACAUAACAAUCAGCAUAUUGCUGUUAUUGGGGCAGAUUGCCUUCCAAAUAGUGUUUGUAGCACUCGGGUACCAACUCGUCGACUCAUGCCAAUUUUGGGAAAUUCUCCUCCGUCACAUCGGUCUGGUGAAGUUCGACGAACUAGAUGCGUCGAUGGUUGUUUACUGGAUCUCGCCGGAGAUCAUUAUGAGCUUCACGGCUGUCAUCGUGUUCAUAAUACUGAGUAAGUUGGCUGCAGGGGAUAUCGGAUCCGAACAGGAUCCCAACAGUCCGACAUCGUUAGAAGCGCCAGAAAUGCUUUCCGUGCGAUUCGAAACCAGCUCAGUGAGUCGAGAAAAACUGGCAUUCCUAACGAAAUUUGGAGUGCUGCUUAGUGUAGCAAUGUUGUGCUUGGCGGCUGUGUUGCAACCCUCAGUUCCCAGUGGGAUCUAUUUUGUAAUAUUUUUGGGAUCAGCCACGUGGUGGGCCUGUUACAAAGAAUUGAGCAGAGCUUUUGGAAUAGUUUUAAGGAUAACAAUGGUAUUUUUAAUUAUACACAUCACCGGGUUGCUGGCAUAUCAGAAUCCAUGGCCUCAACAGCUGUUACCGGCAAACGAAACGCUCGCACGAAUAUUUGCACUGACGCCCAUAUUGUCCUCGACGUGUGACAAUAUUACCGACAUUCGCGACGUAUACUUCAACGGCGAUUUAGGCUCGGAUUAUUAUUUCAACCCGAUUGUACUUAUGAUCUGUUACUAUUGUAUAUCAAUCACCUCAUCACUUCUUAUGAGACCAAGAAUAACGGAAAAGGAGUACAAACGCCAGGAACUCUUCUACCAGCUCGAGAGUGGAGUCCGUCUUCAGCGGCAGAUUUCAUUUCGCAUGAAUAGAAAAAAUAUCCUUCGCAAGACAUUGACCAGCGAUCGGUGGCGUGGAGCUGCGCGAAAGCUGAUGCUUGGUGGAACACGAAGGGUACGAGAUGCUUCCACGUCCGAUGCGCAGAACUCAAUUCCCAAUGAUAGCAUAGCUAUGCAUACGAUUGGCCGUAAACAUUUUUCAGAAGAAGACGAUUCAACGAGCUUUUUUGAGCAGAUUAUGAUUGCCACCGGGAACGUGGCCAGCUUUAUUUACAAGAACAGUUACAUUUUUACCAAUGUGAUCAUGAUGACGUGGAGUAUAAUGUAUCACAGUUGGUUGACCUUUGUCCUGCUCAUAUGGGCCAAUUUAAUCUGGAUUAUGCCAAAUCAGCGGAAGAACAUGCUGAACUCUAGUCCCUUCCUAGUCAUCUACGCCGAACUUUUGCUGUUGGCUCAGUAUCUGUACGGAAUGAAGCUCACCGAUGACGAGUUGCCGUCCACCGUCAAUAUAACCGGCAUUAAUCUUGCUCAGAUCGGGCUACUGAAGUAUCGUGACUAUCCAUGUCUACCACUAAUGAUAAAAUCACUGUUCACCACUAUGUUUUGGAUCUCACUGCGGCAGAUGAUCCAGGAAAGGCAAAUGGAACGGCGAACUUCGGCAAUCGCUGAUUUGGCUGCUCCGCUGCAGGUGACGGUUGGUGCAGCGACAACGGCAGCCUCCAGAACCGAAGCUAAGCGACUGCCAGACAAAAAAUCUUCUGCAUUCAUAACACGUGCCGGGACAUUGAUCAAUUCGUUCUUGAUCAAAUUUUGGAUUUGGGUUGUCGCAAUAACGCUCUUCCUAUCCGGUAUGACAGGGAACCGUAUGACCGGAUUCCGGAUAAUUUAUAUGGCUUUGUUUUUGAUAUUUGUGCUCACAUUCCAGUUUUCUUUCAAAAUCUGGCGCAAAAUGAUGUACACAUUUUGGCUGACGGUCAUCGUAUAUUCCAUGUCCAUCCUAGUGCUAGUAUACACCUACCAAUUUGAUAAGUUCCCACUUUACUGGACUGAAUACCUCAAGAUAUCGGAUACGUUGCAAAAAGAUAUCGGCCUAGAAUUGUACGAGACCAAACAACUCUUCCUUCAUCUGGUCAACCCAACCAUGAUAGUCAUCAUCACCGUCAUCCAACUUCAUUAUUGCCAUAGAAAGUUUCUGGAAAUUUCAGAAAUUCCCAUCGUCCAAGAAAGUGACGUUCCUUUGAUUUCGGAAACCAGUUCCGCCUACGGAACGUUCGCGAGGCGGAAAAAGCACAGCAGCAUGACUGAUGCUCCACCGAUAGAGAAAGAUCCGGAGGAAGACAACGAAAAUACAAAAGCGUCGAAAAAAGAUAAUUUAGAUACUACGUCGGAAAUACUGGAGGAUCUUCGCUUCCGGAAACUUUCUAAACACGAAAUCAGAGGAUUCGCUCAAAAACUGAUCAGUCGGCUAUCGGAAGUUGCCGAAAUAGUGUGGUUAUUUUCUGAAAUUCACCUACUGAAGAUCAUAUUGAUCGUUGCGUUCUCACUGAGUGUCAAGACGGUUAGCUUCCUGCAUUUAUUAUAUAUUUUUAUGACAGUAUUUGCAGUUAAAUCACACACCAGUUCGCUUGUUAUGAUCACCCGGAUAAUGUCGUUAAUUUCGUCCAUUUUUCUGAUCACAACCAUGAUGUAUCAAGUAGACUACAUCAACGAAAACAAUUAUAUAAGUAAUUGUUCAAACAUAAAUUUAACUAUAACGCACAUGGAAAUGAACAAUGCGAAAUGGAUUGGUUUCCAGAAAACGAGUGCAAUCAGUAGUCUGUUGGAUUUAGUGCGACCAUAUCUGAUUUAUAUCAUCGUGGUAACGAUCCACGCUGUUGUUGUGCUACGCCAAACUAUCCGUCGGAUACGACUUGGGCGAUCGCCACGAACUCCUCAUUUAAUGUUCCCGAACGUGACUAGAUUGGAUGCCGACAAGGACAUUCCACAAAUGCUGAAAUUCUUGUUCAAUUAUGGAUUCUACAAAUUCGGAGUGGAAAUCUCGCUCGUUUCAUUGAUAGUAGUAAUCGCCUCCAGGAUGGAUAUCUUCUCCUGUUUCUACGCUGUUUGGGUUUGCAUAAUGUUUCACAUGACACGCGAAAGUCUGCGAAAGGUGUGGCAAGUCAUCACCUGGUUUAUAGUCGUCCUGAUACCGUUGCAGUAUGUUAUCUUCAUAGGGCUUCCUCCGGUGCUAUGUGUUGAUUAUCCGUGGGAUAUUGAAUUUUUGGAUCACUUCCGGAUAUGGGCAAUGCUACCGGAGAAUACUGAAGAAUUCCGGGCACAGGCGUCGAAAAUGGUAGCCGAUUUUUUGCUACUGAUGUUCCUAUGUCGACAAACGCUAGUGUUUCGUAUCGAAGCUCGCUAUUCUUCCUGCCCGAACGAUUUUGGCGGUGGUAGUAACAAAUCGGUGCUGGACGAUAUCGACUCGCUGGGUACGGUUCCAUUCACGAAUCCAACGCCGGAUUUUAUUGCCAAAGUGAGAAACUGGUUGGACGUGGUGAAACGAGGAGCUUUUCUUGUGUUUUUCUGGUUUACGUUGGCAAUUGUGUUUCUAACUGGCUCCAGUCGAGUUACGUUGUUCUCGAUAGGGUAUCUGAUAGGAUCGUUUACCUUCCUAUGGCAGGGUACGGAUUUCUACCUUCGGCCGAUCAGAACGAUUUUGAAAAGUUGGAACAUGCUCAUUGGUUACAACGUGUUUGUGAUAACUACGAAAACACUGCUUCAGAUGGUAGGAUGCCUAUGCCUGACGGAACUUACGACGAAUAACUGUUGGCUGGUGCAAUUAUUCGGAAUAUCGUGCCUAUCCUCUCAAGGAGAACGACCGGCGGAAAGUCCGACUGACCUGAAUCAGGAUACCGAUCGAUGCAACGUGCCUUACGAUGAUUCCGGCCUGUUCUGGGACGGAGUCUGUUUUGCUUUUCUUUUGCUGCAAAGACGAAUAUUCGCUAGUCACUACUUCUGUCACAUUAUCAACGAGACGAAGGCCAGUACAAUUCUGGCUUCCAGAGGAGCGGAGUUGAUCGAGGAGCUUCGAAUCAAAGAUGUCAAGCUAGAAAUUGAACGCGAGAGUCAAAUUCUGCAAAAGAUCAAAAUGAAGAUGGAUCGUAUCAAAGCGACACAGCAGAAGAUUCUGGAACCAGUGCAUGAUCCGACCACCCACGCCAAAGAACAAGAUGGUGAGCGUAUGGCACGCACUCAUAGUUUGUCGUCAUAUGCAGGAUACCAUACACCAAUCGAGGAUGAAAUCGCUGGAGGUUCAAUGAUAAUCGAAGGCGAGGGAAUUCCGGAUAUUCCCUCUGAUAAUGGAGGACUGACCGUUGGUAGGGGAUCCUAUCAUACACAGGCUCCAUCACCCAGCUCUGCACUGAUGACUGUUUCACUGGACGCUUAUUUGGAUCCACAACGCAUGUCUUUCGAAUCACCGAACGAGUUGUUAGCAAGGGUUUGCAGUCCAGAUGAUACGUUUCCAGUAUUUUCACCCCCACCGUGCGAGAAGGAACAACCGGCUUUAGUAAUUCAAACUACGAACACUUUAUUGUCCCCAAAUAAAACCGCAAUGCAAACUCGUCAACAUCGCCGACAAUCUAGUUUAAACGUAGUGUCCUGGCCUAGCCCCAAUGAACUAACAGUUAGCCCAAGGCAGCGUCGCCUUUCAAAUAAUCUAGCUCCAGGAGAAGUAAUCCAUUCAUUCAAAUUCUCGGAUUCAUCUAACAGGCAAUCAAAGCUCCCUUUCCAGGAUAGUGUAGAUCAGGCUCCGACACCACGAUCACCGCGUUCACCCCGCCCAACCCUACGCCACCAGCACCGCCGUCAGUCCAGCAUGGGCACAUCGAUUGCACCGGAAGAACUGACCGUUGAUCCCAGUCGCAGGCGAUCCAGUUUUCUGGUUUCUCUCUUUGUUGACGACGAUACCACCCGGUAUGAUGAUAUGACUGCCACGGGAGCGGCCAGAAAACGUUCUCGUGCUCGUAGCUUCUGGGGUCCUGUCGGGGAAGCCGGUUUUCGGGAUUCAAUUCGCUCGGCAAGAUCCCGUUCGCCACUUUCGCAUCAUGAGUAUUCCCGGCCCCCACGACCGAGCCUGUGGCGCAAAAUUUCGGAGAACAGAUCAGCGGCUAUUCGGUCCGGCGAUUAUUACAUGUUUGAAGACACAGAGCAUGAGUUUGAGUUGGACCUGAUGCAACCACGAGACUCCGACGAGGAUUACACCACAGCGGAACGUCGCAUGAACCGCAAACAUCUGACGCUCGGAAAGUUGAUAGCGAAAAUCAAAGAGCAAAACGAAUUGGAAGCGCAAAAUCAGGAGACAGAAGUGUCAGCGACAAAGACAACCGCCGAUCCAGGGGGAACCGCUGGAACACCGGUUGUCCGACGCAAAUCAUCACCCGUUUUGCGGCGAGCAUCAUUCAUCCGCGAUCGUGAACCAACUGACCGGACCGGGACAGCGGCCACGGAUCGUUCCGCCAUUUCCGAACCAAUUCCACGCCAUACUCAUUUUGAUCAGAGCCGGUUGAAGCGUGACACCGACACCGAACAACCGGAUGGGCAGAAACCGAGCACGAGUAAAGAUCCGAGACCACAACAAACCACUGCGGAAGAGGAAGCUCGGCUGAUCAGUGAUGAUGAGGAUGGGGAAGAGGAAGAACGGAUUGAUGAACCGAAGAAGUCGAGAUUAUCCUUUACCGGCUUGCAUCUGGUAGUAGCGUUUAUAGCGGGUGCAAUUGGUUCGUUGACAUUACGCUUGCAUCGUGUAUCUAGAAGCUACCGGUACGUGAUGAAAGUGUUGGCCAAGGAAAAGAAAACUUUGAAGGAAACACCUGGGUUUGGAGCGGGCAUGAGAACCGGUACCAGUAUGGUGUGGACUCCUAUUCAAGGUGCAGUGCGAUCGGGAAAUAGUUCGCGUUCUGGUGCUAGUAGCGGUAGUGUCAAAUCCUGCGCUGGAACACCAAUACAAAGUAGAGUUGCUUUGAGCCGUAGUUCUGUAAACAGUAGUAGAAGUUCAUUGCGUAUAGCUACCGAUCAACAACAACCACAUUCUUUGCCACAGCUAUCUGUACUACCACCACCACGAACCUCAUCAAUUAGCUCAUCAAAAGCUGUGACUAUUGCAGACAGCCACGAACAAACAUCUCCCGCUACAUACGCCGAUCAGUAUAUUCCUACGGAUGAAGGCAAAUCGACCGAAGCCAUGGAUAUCAUCGAUAAAGCCCCGGAGGACGACAUCUCGGAAGAGGAUUUUGCCAGUCAGGAGCACACGGUGGUGGUAGAAUUUUUACAAGCAGCCUGGUACGCAGUACUUUCUCACACCGAUUUCAUCUGCUAUUUUUUGGUGUUCUUAAAUCAGAUAAAAUCAGCUAGUCUCCUGUCGCUACCGUUACCCUUAAUGGUGACACUGUGGGGAACUUUGACUUUUCCGAGACCGUCGAAAAAUUUUUGGGUUACACUGAUCGCCUAUACGCAGACCGUUGUGAUACUGAAAUGUAUCUGUCAGUUUGAAAUGCUCUGGUGGAAUCAAAACCCGAUUCCUCCGAAUCAGCCGUUCAGCCCUGCCAGAAUAAUUGGAAUUGAGCAGAAGAAAGGUUACGCCACUUACGAUCUAGCGCUAUUGCUGGUGUUGUUCUGUCAUAGAUUUAUCCUCAAGUCAUUGGGACUGUGGAAAUCGGACUUUGUCGAAGAACCCGGUGUCGACGAAGGUUUCUACAAGCUGGACACUAGUGAUGAAAAGACUAAAGCUCUUAUCGAGUCUGCUGAAGAAUUAGAUAAACACCGGGAGUCUCUGACUAUCCGACAAGGUGAUAUCACCGAGCUGAAUAUGGUCAAAAUCGAGGAAGGAGCCGAGCGGAACGUACCGAACGAUACGGGCAAUGGAACGGCGCUAGUUUGCAUUACUCACCACAGCGAAGAUGCCGAAAAUUACUUCCCCCAAAUUGUGAAGCAUUCGUUCCAAAAAUAUACUGCUUCGGUGAAAGCUUUCUUCAACCAGCUACUCGAUAGGCAAUCGCGCAAGACAGCCGACGUGUACGGAUACUUGUUCUUAUGCGACUUUAUAAAUUUUUUUGUGAUCCUAUUUGGAUUUUCGGCUUUUGGAACACAGGAAGGAGACGGUGGCGUCCUGUCGUAUUUCGAGGAAAACAAAGUGCCAAUGACAUUCCUUCUGAUGUUAAUAAUCCAGUUCUUCCUAAUCGUGGUAGACCGGGCUCUUUACUUGCGGAAGUACAUGGUGGGCAAAAUCCUGUUCCAGUUCUUCCUCAUAAUUGGACUGCACAUUUGGAUGUUCUUUGUGUUACCGGCCACAACCGAACGAAGCUUUAACGCAACCAAUCCACCGGUUUACUACUACCUCAUCAAGUGUUUCUAUCUACUGUUUUCAGCUUAUCAAAUACGGUGUGGCUAUCCAGCAAGAAUUUUGGGUAAUUUUGUCACGAAAGGCUUCUCCAUGAUUAACCUUACCGGGUUCAAACUGUUCAUUACCAUACCGUUCCUAUUCGAGCUGCGUACCUUAAUGGAUUGGAUUUGGACCGACACGUCCAUGACUUUAUUUGAUUGGCUAAAAAUGGAAGAUAUAUUCACCAAUGUUUACCAAAUGAAGUGCAUGCGUGAGCUGGAGGAAGAUUUGCCAGCUCCUAGAGGGCAAAAGAAAGGAUCGCUUGUGAAGUAUCUCAUGGGAGGCGGCAUGAUGUUUGGAAUUAUUUUACUUAUUUGGUUCCCAUUGGCUUUGUUCGCCUUCAGCAACACCGUUGGCGAACCAAACCUUCCGUACGAUGUUUCUGUCACACUUCGCAUCGGUCCCUAUGAGCCCGUAUACAUAAUGUCCGCACAGGACAAUAACAUUCAUGGCCUCAACGAUGACCAGUGGGAGAAGUUUAUGCUCCCGUAUUCAAAAGAUAAAACCGCACUUACCUUCCUAUCCAACUAUGAACCGGUGGACGUGGCUGCAGUUAAACUGGGCGCUAAUUCUACCUCAAUUUGGAACAUUUCCCCUCCGGAUAAAGCCCGGUUGCUGAAUGACCUCAACACUACUUCGACACUAACCUGUCGGUUCCGAUACACCAUCAGUCGGAAAUCACAUUCUAAGGAAAACCCGGGAAUCGUAUCAGAGGAGAAGGCGUACGAAUUGGAACCGGAUGAUCCGGCCCGAUCGGCUCUGGUACAAAUGCUGGCGACCGACACGAACAUAACAGUGGCGUUGCCGUACAUGAUGCCAAAGUUUUUGAAAGUGAAAAACAGUGGGGCUCUGAGACCCAUUCAUCAACUUAUUCCGGCAGCUGAUACUGACGACAGCGAAAAGAAUUAUCGCAACAUAACGCUGCGGUUGUUCCAGACCCAAACCAACAGCAGCAAUCCGUUGUUCUGGUGGGAAGUUAAGGAGAACUGUUCCGACCCGUCGUAUGCCAUCUUUGCGAACAUGCCGUAUGCUGAUUGCGUGUCGCAUCUCGUGAUGUACAUGUUCAACGAUAAAAUCUUCCCGAGUACAAUCAGUUCAAUCGCUGCAGGAGGCAUCAUCGGUAUUUACUCGACAUUGAUUCUCGUUUUUUCGAGAAUGUUGCGCACCAGCAUCUUCUCCGGUGCAAGUUCAAAGAUUAUGUUCGAAGAUCUACCGUACGUGGAUCGUGUGUUGCAACUCUGUUUGGAUAUCUAUUUAGUGAGAGAAUCACUCGAAUUUACCUUGGAGGAGGAUCUUUUUGCCAAACUAAUCUUCCUGUAUCGGUCACCGGAGACGAUGAUCAAGUGGACUCGGCCGAAAAACGAAGUAGGUGACGACGAUGACAGCGAUACGAUGAGUACGAGCUCCAAGUCACGUAAAAAGAAUGACUAAGCCUAAGUUUUACUUUCAUUGCUAAUGGUGAUAUUAUUGUGUAAGGGACAGUUGCCUACUUAUUAUGAUCAUAACGUUCGAUCUUUAAACAACUUCAUGUUUCUAUAUUUAGAAUCUCUACAUGAACUCAUUUGAAAAAUAGUUUGGAAUAUUUUUGUUGUGAACUGUAAAUUUUGAAUUAAGCACAUGAAAUAAAAUCUGUCAUUUAAUGAACUUGAUAGAGCGUGGCAAGAUUUGCACAAAAAGUAGAUACGUCCACGGAUGGAACAUUAGGAACAAAUUUGGUAACCGUCAGGAAUCUAGUCGAUACAAUGUUGAACGUUAAUUACAUUUUUCGAAGAUCAUAUUUUGCUUCGUCACAAAUCGAUUCCCAAAUGAAUCAGUUUUUAGCCAUGUUACGAGAAACAAGUCAUUUGUAUAAUUCAGCACUAUAUUAGGAUAAUAGGCAUAUUUAUAAAGCUGGGAAAUCUAUUUUCGAGAACAAAGAAGUACAACGUGUACUUGAACUGAA